AUGAACCCUUCUAAAUCGAUCAAAAUGGAGGAAAUUACAAAGAGAAAGAGGUUGAUCUUGUUCCCAAUUCCCCUUGAAGGCCAUAUGAACCCCAUGCUAAAGCUGGCCGAUCUUCUAUACUCCAAAGGCUUCUCCAUAACCAUCAUCCACACCCAACUCAACUCCCCAAACCCUUCACUCCAUCCACACUUCACCUUCCGCUCAAUCCCAGAUGGCUUGUCCGAAUCUGAGGCUUCCCCCAAAGACAUCGUCCUUCUCUUUUAUCUUUUCAAUACCAAGUGUGUGCAGCCCUUCAAGGAAUGCUUGUCUAGCUUGUUAUCAGAGGAGCCUGAAGUUGCUUGUUUGAUCUCUGACGCCAUAUUUCAUUUCACUCAAUCUGUUGCUGAAAGCUUCAAGCUGCCAAGGUUUGUCUUUGAGACCGGGAGCAUGACUGGCUAUGCUGUUUUUUCUCAUUUCUCACUGCUAAGAGAAAAGGGUUACCUACCAGUUACGCAAGAUUCUCAACCAGGGAAGGUAGUGACGGAGCUUCCACCUCUCAGAAUCAAAGACCUUCCGGUGAUCCCAAAGGGAGACCCGGAGAAAUUUUUCGAAAUAUGCGUCCUUAUUGCGUCAAAAAUUGCUGCCUCUGAUGGAGUCAUUUUUAACACUUUCAAGGAUCUUGAAGAACAAGGAAUGGCGAUAUUGCAGAAGCAAUACCCUGAUCUUCCAGUUUUCCCAAUAGGUCCAUUUCACGACUAUGAGGAAGCCUCUUCAACUAGCAACCAAAGUUGCAUUUCUUGGCUAAACACUCGAGCACCAAAGUCUGUCAUUUAUGUUAGCUUUGGGACCAUUGCAGCAAUAACCAAAGCUCAGUUUUUGGAGAUAGCUUGGGGUCUAAGCAACAGCAACCAACCUUUCUUGUGGGUGGUUCGACCCGGCUUAGUCCACGGGUCAGACUGGCUUGAACUACUGCCUAAUAGGUUUCUCGAGAACCUGAAUGGGAGAGGUCACAUUGUGAAAUGGGCACCUCAGAAAGAAGUGUUGUCACAUCCAUCAGUUGGAGGCUUCUGGACUCACAAUGGUUGGAAUUCUACAUUGGAGAGUGUUUGUGCCGGUGUCCCUAUGAUUUGUUUUCCUUGUUUCGGUGACCAAAUGGUGCUAGCAAGGUAUGUGAGUAAGGUUUGGAAAAUUGGGUUGCAGUAUGAGAAUGAGAUUGAGAGAGGUGAGAUUGAAGCAACAAUUAGGAAGCUGAUGGAGGAGAAAGAAGGAGAAGAAAUCAGAGACAGAAGCUUGAAGCUGAUGGAGAAGGCAAAUGUAUGCUGCAAACCAGGUGGAUCUUCAUCUCAAUGCUUGGAUGCCCUGGUGAAACAUAUUUUAUCAUAUGAAUAAGUUGUUCUCCCAAAUUAGCUCACGGAUAGCUAGUUAUAGAACUUCGCCAUGUUUAAGUGUUGGAUCAAUAAGAAAAUGAAAACUCAUGUAUUCAAUCUCCAAGCCAACAAUGUAAUACACAUAUUACAUAAACUUAUUUCAAAUUCAUUCCCACGUCUUGA